GGUUAAUUCAUCUUGCCCAUACUGGGCUAUUUUGUUUGGAUACGCUUGGGUGCGGUUACUACCGGCCGGUGUGCCGGCAUGUGUCACACCAAAUCGCACGUAACAUCUCAGCUUGAAUCAACUGGCGGACCCUGGGAAUUCUACAGGUGCUUGACAAUACCGGGGACGGCCCAGGGCGCCGCGUGGGGUGACAGAUAAAACCGUCCGGUACCUACGUACGAACCAGAGAUGGUUUCAGGUCAGCAGGGAUGAGCACCACAGGAGUCUACCUCGGGUACGGUAAACAAGGAGGGCCCAAAAUGUCUUCGACUGGCCCCAGAUUCAGUAUUUCGUCCAAGGUGGAUGCGUUGGACACAGAAAGACGGAAAGAGAGCGCUCUGGCAGCGCUGGAACUCAUGGGGCAGUCUCGGAUUCGCCGCCGGAAGAAACAGGCAGAGCUAGCCGCUGUAUCGGGAAUCCAACACGACAGUAGGGACUCCAAACACACGGAACUGGACCGGAAAAACUGGACCAUGCUGCCGAAAAUUGAGGAAAAAAGAACCAAAGUGCACGUCGUCAGCUCCAAGGAAGGAUUGAGAUCAAGCCAGACCGACUAUUUACCGAAACUACAUCAAGUUCAAACUCCGAAACUGCAUCAGACUAGUCAGAAACAAACGACAACUACUGGACCUCAAAUCCUUAAACUCCACCAGUCCAAGUACUCUUCCAAAAGUAGCAAAAAGAGCAAAGGACUUCCUCGCGUUUCAAAACCUCUACCUUCACUACCUGAGAAAAUACAUCUCGAAAAAUUCUGCAGGGUGGGAAGGCUAAUUAUGUUGCUGCAUCGCCUGCAUCUGGAUCACUUUCUUGUAGCUGAUGAACAGGGUGUAAUACGGAGACCGGCGCCGGGAAAUGCCGCCAGUCUGAAGAAAGACGAGAGGAAAAACGAACCGAUGUUUGACGUCACCGCGUUCAAGGCCAACAAACAGGAUGUCCGUGUGUCGCGCAAGACCAGAGAGAUCCUGUCGAUUGAGCCCAGCCACAGAACACCGGAGGAAACCAAACAUGCCAGUAUUGCGGUAAACUCCAUCAUCAGGACGACCAUUGCUGAGUACCCGCUGGAGGCCCAGAGGAAACUGACGGAAGCUGGCUUCUAUCAAUGUUUUGGACGUGGCAGGGUCAUCGUGAUGGAGAACCACAGACCAGAGGCGGUGUACUUCAUACUCUCAGGGCAAGCGAUGGAGUGUGAGUGGGAUGAGUCGGCGGGAAGAUAUCGGACGACAGGCUUCCUACACAUGGGCGACUGUUUUGGGGAAAGGGCCAUACUGAACGGCACUACUCACACCAGUACAAUAAUAGCUAAGAAGACGAUAGAACUUCUCCAUAUACAACGACGGGAUUUUGAGAAGAUUGCAAAGACUAAGGGUUUAACUCAACAGGAACAGGCUCAAGUUGCAUUUCUAGGGAGCCUGCGGUUCAUGAGAGGAUGGCCUCUGCAGAUGUUGCACAAAGUUCCGAAGAAAAUGACAUUCAGCUAUAUCAGACGGGGAACAGUCUUAGUGAAGGACAGUACUGACUCAGACUGGAUCUACGUCAUCAAGUCGGGAAGCUGCUCUGUUCUGAAGAAGUUACAGAUGGUGGAACCGAAGGAAAGCACCCCGCCAAAAGACGAGAUGCCAAAAAUAGAUAUGACAAUCAAGGUUCUGAAGGAGCUGGGACAGAAGAACAAGAAGAGGGACCAUCACCACUUCCUGCGGGAGAGGUUCAUAGACUUCAAGCGGCGGAAGGCGGAGAUGAGGAAGGGCAGCUGGCGGGUCCGGCAGUUGGAGAGACCGGAAAUCAACAUCGACACCAAGGAGGAGACGCCGGAGUCUAAGGACAGCGUUCUUAAGUCGCUGGAAAGCAUCAUCUUACAAGAACAGAUUCCGGAUGACCAAAGCAUGACGUCACAAAUUCAGGACAAGCCAGUCUUUGUGAAGAUCAAGUCCUUAAACAGGAGAGGAGUAUUUGGCCUAGUAGACCUGGUGUUUGAUAACCAGCCCAGUCUGAUCCUGGUCAGUGACGGGGCGGAGGUCCUCACACUGUCCAAGAAGUUCUUCUUAGACAACGCCCCGGUACAGGUCAUCAACCGGAUGAAGGAAGACGAGAACCCGUACCCUAGCGAGCAGGAGAUGCAGCGCAGCCUGCAGAAGCACGUGAACUGGCGGGACUACCGGCUCAAGUCCCUCCACACGACCAUGCGGGAACUCCAGGCCCGGCCGCCCAGAACUAUCCUGCCGCACCUGCACGACGGCAGGAAAUGGAACUCGGUCGUAGAAAACCACUAGGAGGAAAAUAGACAGCCCGGUAUAAUAGCAAUUAUGGUACUAGAUAUAGAGUUCAACAAUACACCACUAUAAGGCCACACUGACUUAAUCUUA